AUGCAGACGACGGAGAGCAGCGUCAUGUGGUCGACCCUGCUGCACCAUCGAACGACGAUCUUCGGCCAAUACCCUCCAAUGAGCCCCGCCGUCAAUCUCAAACUUGCCAUCAUUCGCAUGAUGACGACACCCCGACUCCUUUCUCACCAUGACCAUGCCAAACAAGCCCAUUCCCAUAUACCCUCGACGGCGACAACGCGGACGCAUGAAAUACCAUGCCCUGCUCCUCUGUCGUUCAACAACCAGGCCUUCACGACGCCAUGGGCCAAUGGUCAGCAAAACAGCCUAGGCAUAGACGUCACCUACUCUUUCUACCCAUUUCUGGCUCUGAGCCACCUGCACGGGAUUCCGCCUCAGGAUGUCAACUACCUGGAGCUACAGGGGUGUCUGCGAGUGCCCACGCGUACGAUCCUCGACGAGUUUGUGCAGCAGUACUUUCUGCAUGUCCACCCGUUGUUUCCCAUGCUCAACGAGGGUGACUUUUGGGAUUUGUACUGCGCAAACCCCAACAGCCAUGUGCCUACCGAGAAGUUGUCGCUGCUCGUCUUCCAGGCAAUGCUCUUCUCCUCUUGCAAUUUCGUCUCCCGACAAACCAUCAAAAUCCUAGGCUUUCCCACGAUCCGCGCCGCCCGGGCAGCCUUCUACCGACGCGCCAAGCUCCUCUACGACCUCGAAUCCGAAUCUUCUCCUCUCGCCAUCUCACAAGCCGCCCUCCUGCUCUCCUUCUGGUCCUCCCCUACGUCUCCGGCCUUCCGCAAAGCGAACACCGCCUGGCUCAUCAUCGCGAUCCAGAAUGCCAAGAUGGUUGAAGCGCACCACUACGCCACCCGCACGGCACCCCCGAAGAAACGCAACCUCCUCAAACGCCUGUGGUGGUGCUGCAUCAUGCGCGACCGCAUCGUCGGCCUCGGCCUACGCCGUAGCUUGCAGAUCACCCGUAGCCACUUCAACUUUGACUCGAACGACGCGCUCGGGUUCUCUGACUUGGCCGAUGAGCUCGAGCGGAGCCGGGUGUACAACCCGGGCACGAAGCGGCACCUGGCUGAGAUCUUGGAGCAGUUGGUUGAGCUGUGUGUCGUGCUCACCGAUAUCUUGAUCCUCGUAUUCCCGCUGGAUGAUCGCCCGGGCUGGGGCCGGGAGAUGCGCACCGAGGAGCAGGACAAGGUUCGCGUUUGUAAGGCUGCGCUGCGCAGGUGGUACAAGCUCGCGACGCUGCGGUUCCCCAUGUUCGGAGGCGGUUCCGUAGCAAGGGUGAAAUCACCCGGGAACGAGUUCCAGCACGGCUCGGUGAUUCUAUACACUAACCUGAUGUACAUGUACUACCACUCGUCUCGAGUCGUCCUGAGUCACCACGAAGUCCUCCACCUCGCCAUCACCGCCGCCGCGCCAGCUUUCAACGCGAUUCCCACAUCGGACCUGGCCAUCAUUGGGGAGAACCGACAUGAACUCCAGGACGCCGCGUCGGAAGUCACCGAGUGUUUGAAGGAACUCAUCCACCUGCGCCUCGCACGCUGGCUGCCGAUCAGCGCCGUCGCCUGCACCGCGUUACCGUUGGUCUUGCAUAUUCUCGACGUUAAGCUAUCAGCAUCGUCAAGGUCUUUCGACCCAAACACUCAGUCAGCACUCAAGCAGCACCGUCUCAAUAUCCUUAUCGAGGCCAUGAAGAUCUAUCAGCCCCAGUACGACGGCGUUGACUGGGUGAGCGAGACGAUCCGGCACAUUGUCAAUCUCGCACAGAUCGACUCGCCGCCGCCGGGAGAACUCAAGAAUUCCGGGGGUAAAGCUGCCAUUGUGGACUGGACUGACAUCCUCGCCUCCCAACCAAGCUCCUAUCUCCGUCUCGCGCUCACGAUGGAUCUGUCCCUAAGCAAGGGGCGUCUUCCCGAGGACGGCGACUUCCCCGUCAACCUCCGCGGGCUCUUCACCGGCGGUUUCAACCCGCUCAAAGCACUGCUCGAACGGAAGCGGGAAGACGCCGGGAACAAGGACGCGGAGUCGCUGACGGACUUUGAUGCCGCGGCGAUGCGCGUCAACCUCUUCCGCAUGCAGCCGGGAACGGUGGCGGUCUUUUCGUCCGACGAAGACGCCACCACCUCGUCGUCAUCAGCGGAAGAGACCAUCCAAUGCAGCGUAACGGACACCACGUCUCCGACGACCUUGGGGCCAGGGUCCCGAACCUCCGAUCCCAGGAGCAGCGGAGGUGCAGACGUGGACAUGGCAGACCGCCCGCCGUCGACAGGGAUCGACGGCCUGGCGGCCGAGGUCUUGGCGGCGUUCCCACUGGAUGAACAGCCGGCAUUCGCGGACGGUGACUUUGAUGGGAUGUACUUUGACGGGAUGCCCGGGCACGACGGGCCUACGGGGUGGAUCGAGACGGCUUGGGACGAGCUCACGAACGGACCGGACGAGGAUCGUGCGGACCGGGAUGCGGCGAGGAUCCUGCUGGACGCCUUCAGGGAAGGGGACUUGGCCGAGUGCGCGGUAUAG